UAUCAUUCACAAUGUUUGAUCCCAUGGCAGUUGAGUUCAUGAAUUCCUACAAAAACAACAACACUAAUUUUGCCUUCUCCGGCAAAACAGAAGACACCGCGGUACAGGAUGCUGGUACCGCGGGUCUUCAAAGCCUCGAGAAUCUCGUAGGCUUAUUAUCCGCCCAUACUCAUCAAAAACCAUCAUAUUCAACUGUCGCAAAUGACACUCCACCAGUCGCAACGGACUACAUCGCAGUCGCUGAUGUAGCCGUUGCGAAAUUUAAAAAAUUCAUAUCUCUCCUCGACCGGACAUCCACGGGCCACGCCCGGUUCCGGCGAGGACCCAUUACAAACCCACCCAUAACAACACAAAAAAAAACGUAUCCAGUGUUGGCUGCUCAAGUGCAGCCGCAGCCAACACCGGAGACAGUGUACACGGCCACCCCGAUUCAGCAACGGAUGCCCGUACAUUCGUUGUCAAAAUCGGGGUCGUUUGAUUGGAAAGAUGUCCCCACAACGACUAUUAGUUUUGCGGGCGCUGCUGCUACUGCAUCGCCCGCAAACUCUUUUAUGUCGUCGUUGACUGGGGAUACCGAAGGGCUGCAGCCCUCGAUGUCUUCGGGUUUUCAGAUCACGAAUCUUUCACAGGUGUCGUCUGCUGGACAGCCGAAUAUUUCGUCGUCUUCUUUUAAACGAAAAUGUAGUUCAAUGGAGGAUUCUCACACUAAGUGUACUAAUUCUUCUGGUAGAUGCCAUUGUUCGAAAAGAAAGAAGUCAAGAUUGAAAAGAGUGGUAAGAGUACCAGCAAUAAGCUUAAAAAUGGCAGAUAUACCACCAGAUGAUUAUUCAUGGAGAAAGUAUGGGCAAAAACCAAUCAAAGGGUCACCACAUCCAAGGGGUUAUUACAAGUGUAGCACUUUGCGAGGUUGUCCCGCAAGAAAACAUGUUGAACGAGCUUUGGAUGAUCCAACGAUGCUUAUAGUGACUUAUGAAAGCGACCACAAUCAUACCUUGAACGUGAAAGACACGUCAACAGCCAUAAUUUUUGAAUCGUCGUAAUUUCUAUCAUCGUCCAAAAAAGCGUAAAAAUGAAAAUUUGUAACCUUUAAAGGGUGGUUGUGAAGGGAUGUAAGUGUGUUAAUGUGGAUCAAAUGUCAACAAGGAAGCUUGAGUUUCACUA